AUGAAGAGUGAUCGGUCUAUGGGCCAACCUAUUGCCUUCAAACAUGGACAUCAGUCUGCUGAUCAGAGAGUUCAUCAGCAGAGCUCAGAGGUUCUCAGUGGUCAGUCUGUCCAACAGCAUCAAACACACCUGGACUCCAUAUUUAUGCUGCUGGAAGAGAACAUCAUCAAAUUUGUGAAGAACGAGGUGAAGAAGAUGCAGAAGGUUCUGAGUCCAGAUUACCCAGAAUGCUUAGAGAGUCAGAGUGAGGAUGAAGAGGUGUUGGACGGUGAGGAUGAAGAGCAGAGGAGGAGCAGCAGAGAGGCAUUUCUGAAGAUCAUACUGCACUUCCUGAGGAGAAUGAAGCAGGAGGAGCUGGCUGACUGUCUGCAGAGCAGAACUCGUGCUGCAGAGUGUCGAUAUAAACUCAAGUCUAACCUGAAGGAGAAGUUCCAGUGUGUGUUUGAGGGGAUUGCUAAAGCAGGAAACCCAACCCUCCUGAAUCAGAUCUACACAGAGCUCUACAUCACAGAGGGAGGGACUGCAGAGGUCAAUGAUGAACAUGAGGUCAGACAGAUUGAAACAGCAUCCAGGAAACCAGACAGACCAGAAACAACAAUCAGACAAGAAGACAUCUUUAAAGCCUCACCUGGAAGAGAUGAACCAAUCAGAACAGUGAUGACAAAGGGAGUGGCUGGCAUUGGGAAAACAGUCUUAACACAGAAGUUCACUCUGGACUGGGCUGAAGACAAAGCCAACCAGGACAUACAGUUCACAUUUCCAUUCACUUUCAGAGAGCUGAAUGUGCUGAAAGAGAAAAAGUACAGCUUGGUGGAACUUGUUCAUCACUUCUUUACUGAAACCAAAGAAGCAGGAAUCUGCAGGUUUGAAGAGUUCCAGGUUGUGUUCAUCUUUGACGGUCUGGAUGAGUGUCGACUUCCUCUGGACUUCCACAACAAUGAGAUCCUGACUGAUGUUACAGAGUCCACCUCAGUGGAUGUGCUGUUGACAAACCUCAUCAGGGGGAAGCUGCUUCCCUCUGCUCGCCUCUGGAUAACCACACGACCUGCAGCAGCCAAUCAGAUCCCUCCUGAGUGUGUCGGCAUGGUGACAGAGGUCAGAGGGUUCACUGACCCACAGAAGGAGGAGUACUUCAGGAAGAGAUUCAGUGAUAAGAAGCAGGCCAGUACCAUCAUCUCCCACAUCAAGACAUCACGAAGCCUCCACAUCAUGUGCCACAUCCCAGUCUUCUGCUGGAUCACUGCUACAGUUCUGGAACAUUUGUUGAAAAUCAGAGAGGGAGGAAAGCUGCCCAAGACCCUGACUGAGAUGUACAUCCACUUCCUGGUGGUUCAGUUGAAACUGAAGAACGUCAAGUAUGAUGGAGGAGCUGAGACAGAUCCACACUGGAAUCCAGAGAGCAAGAAGAUGAUUGAGUCUCUGGGAAAACUGGCUUUUGAGCAUCUGCAGAAAGGCAACCUGAUCUUCUAUGAAUCAGACCUGACAGAGUGUGGCAUCCAUAUCAGAGCAGCCUCAGUGUGCUCAGGAGUGUUCACACAGGUCUUUAAAGAGGAGAGAGGGCUGUACCAGAACAAGGUGUUCUGCUUCAUCCAUCUGAGUGUUCAGGAGUUUCUGGCUGCUCUUCAUGUCCAUCUGACAUUCAUCAACUCUGGAGUCAAUCUGCUGGCAGAAGAACAAACAACAUCCCAGUUUUCUAAAGUCUUUAAAAACAAACCUAAACUAAAACAUCUCUACCAGAGUGCUGUGAAUGAGGCCUUAAAGAGUCCAAACGGACACUUGGACUUGUUCCUUCGCUUCCUCCUGGGUCUUUCACUGCAGACCAAUCAGACUCUCCUACAAGGUCUGCUGACACAGACAGGAAGUAGCUCACAGACCAAUCAGAAAACAGUCGAGUACAUCAAGAAGAAGAUCAGUGAAAAUCUGUCUGCAGAGAGAAGCAUCAAUCUGUUCCACUGUCUGAAUGAACUGAAUGAUCGUUCUCUAGUGGAGGAGAUCCAACAGUACCUGAGAUCAGGAAGUCUCUCCACAGAUAAACUGUCUCCUGCUCAGUGGUCAGCUCUGGUCUUCAUCUUACUGUCCUCAGAAAAAGAUCUGGAUGUGUUUGACCUGAAGAAAUACUCUGCUUCAGAGGAGGCUCUUCUGAGGCUGCUGCCAGUGGUCAAAGCUUCAAAUAAAGCUCUGCUGAGUGGCUGUAACCUCUCAGAGAGAAGCUGUGCAGCUCUGUCCUCAGUUCUCAGCUCCCAGUCCUCUAGUCUGAGAGAGCUGGACUUGAGUAACAACAACUUGCAAAAUUCAGGAGUCCAGCUGUUGUCUGCUGGACUGGAGAGUCCACACUGCAGACUGGAAACUCUCAGUCUGUCAGGAUGUCUGGUCACAGAGGAAGGCUGUGCUUCUCUGGCCUCAGCUCUGAACUCCAACCCCUCCCAUCUGAGAGAGCUUGACCUGAGUAACAACAACUUGCAAAAUUCAGGAGUCCAGCUGUUGUCUGCUGGACUGGAGAGUCCACACUGUACACUGGAAACUCUCAGUCUGUCAGGAUGUCUGGUCACAGAGGAAGGCUGUGCUUCUCUGGUCUCAGCUCUAAACUCCAACCCCUCCCAUCUGAGAGAGCUUGACGUGAGCUACAAUCAUCCAGGAAAGUCAGGAGAGAAACUUCUGUCUGCUGGACUGAAGAAUCCACACUGGAGACUGGACACUCUCAGGUUGGACCCUGGUGGAGAGCAGUGGUUAAAACCUGGUGUGAAGAAGUAUUUCUGUGAACUCACACUGGACACAAACACAGUAAACAGAAAACUCAAACUGUCUGACAACAACAGGAAGGUGACACGUGUGGAGGAGUAUCAGUCAUAUCCUGAUCAUCCAGACAGAUUUGACUACUACUGUCAGCUGCUGUGUAGAAAUGGUCUGACUGGUCGCUGUUACUGGGAGGUCGAGUGGAGAGGAGGAGUUGAUAUAUCAGUGACUUACAGAGGAAUCAACAGGAAAGGAAACAGUGAUGACUGUUGGUUUGGAUUUAAUGAUCAGUCCUGGAGUCUGAGCUGCUCUGAUGAUGGUGGUUACUCUGUCUGGCACAAUAGCAGAGAGACAUCCAUCCCCUCCUCUUUCUCCUCCUCCUCCUCCUCCUCCUCCUCCUCCUCUUCCUCCUCCUCCUCUGUCUCUAACAGAGUAGCAGUGUAUGUGGACUGUCCUGCUGGCACUCUGUCCUUCUACAGAGUCUCCUCUGACACACUGAUCCACCUCCACACCUUCAACACCACAUUCACUCAGCUUCUGUAUCCUGGGUUUGGGUUUGGGCCUGGUUCCUCAGUGUCUCUGUGUCGUCUGUCUGAGGAAGAGUCUCCUCCUGUGUAGACAAACAGUCACACUGCUGACUGAAGACAGCUGCUGAAAUCACUGUUCACUCUGUUCACCAGUGAACAACAGAAACUGGAAGUGACAGCAGCUUCCUGUGUUUAAAUGUUGAUGGUGGACGAGGUUUCACUCUGGUUUCAUUUGGAUCACUGACUGUGCUUUAAUGUCAGAAUAUUGUUUCUAUUAGAAGUAGUGAAAUGAUCUCCUCUGGGCUGAAUUGAUGUGUAAAAACUGUGUUGACUCUGAUUGACUUCAGUAAAGUUUUCUUGGAGCAGCAUCUAGUAGCUGUUAGUGGCUGUUAGUUAUUCCAUUUUAUCAGGAUCUUAAAGUGAAGUUUUUCCUGAAAAUGUCCAGCAGACAUCCCAGUCUGUUUGACAUCAGCUCAGUUUGUGUUAAAUCAUGAACAUCAACGUAUGUUUCUAUCUGAUGUAAUGUGUCUGACAUGUAUGUAUAUAAUAACAUGUAUGGGUUGCUUUCCUUUAGUUUUUCUUGCCUCUGCAGGUGAUGUAAAUAUUGUCUUGUAAGCUCAUGUUUGCUGGGCAGC